AAAAAAGUGAGAAAGAUAGAAAUAUUUUAAGGCUUUAAUACACAUUCAAUAAAAAAGAAGGAAAAGAAAAAAAUUCGAUAGUGUGUGAAAUAAUAUGGAGCAACAAAAAUUUGAAGACGAUACCGGUGACUUGGAAUUAACAGAGGAUUAUAUUGUAAUCGAUGAUGUAGCUACAGGAGGUAGCAAUACAUAUUUGGAUUUGAGUAAUUUACGAAAGCGUAAAACAAAAAUUAUUUCGAGUGCCAAGGAAACAAUUGAAAACGCUUCCAGAUUAAUAAGACGGCGAGUACCAGCAGCUGGACAUUUAAUGACUCCUAAAAGAUUAUGGCUGAAUAAAAUUCCAACUCAAUGUGAUGUAGUUAUUGAAUUUCCUGAAAAUGCACCCGAUGAGGCACUAAGAUGGCUGCUAAAUAAAAUAAGAUCACCAGAACCAGAAGCUCUUGGCCUACAAUGUCUAGUGAGAACACAUGAAAGUACAAAGCGAACAGCAUUUUAUGUAUCCGCCCCAACAAAUAUCUUAUUUAAAGCAGCCGAACUUUAUCGACUUCCAAAGCGUUUACGUGUCGACCUUGGUGGUGCUCUGCGUGAAUUCACAACACGCGAGAGUCAUUGCUUCGAGCAAAUAAAAGAUGAUGAGGGCAGGGUCUCAUUAUUCACAUCACAAGAAAGACAAUGGCUAGUUUUUCAAGUCCUACAAGGACUAAGAGCAUCAAAGAAUGAUACGUCAGUAACAUUUCAGGGAGUUGCGAAAGUCGAGGAAGGACAAAGUAUUGUUGCAGCAUGGCAAGAAUCAGGUCUAAUUGUUCAAGUUUUUCCAUUACACGAAACAAAUGCCUUAACACAAUUGAAGACAAGUUGGGUGAGAAAAUUUUUUGCGCCGCAGCCUCUUGAUGACAUAGCAUCAUAUUUUGGCGUCAAAGUAGCACUUUAUUUUGCAUGGUUGGGACACUAUACAUGUGCAUUGUGCGUGCCUGCGUGUCUAGGGGCUCUAUUAUGGGCUGGCCUUUAUAGUCGUGGUCAGACGGCACAAGACAUAGGCCACGUUUUAUUUUCAUUAUUUAAUGUUGUAUGGGCAUCAUUAUAUUUAGAAGCAUGGAGGCGUUACUCUGUUGAAUUGGCAUUCCGUUGGGGUACACUCUCGACGCCUCCUGAGCUUCUCGAGCCUCCUCGACCGCUUUAUAAGGGGCCACUUGAGGAAAGUACAGUGACGGGUCAUUUGGAGCCAAUGGAAGCACCAGCAUGGAAACGUCGUGCUUUUCGCUAUUUAGUUAGUUUUCCGAUAAUUGGCAUGUGUUUGUUGUCGGUUUUCAUCGUUAUGUUCCUCAUGUUGAGGUUACAGGAUUGGACCGAUUCAAAAUUACCUGAAAGUGGCAUUUUUAGUUGGCUGAGCUAUAUUCCAACAGUUUUACUCGCAGCUGUCAUAACUUUGAUGGAUGAAUUGUAUUACAAAUUAGCUGUAUGGUUAAAUGAUCAAGAGAAUUAUCGAGAGCAAUCAAAAUACGAUAACCAUCUCAUAGGAAAAGUGGCAUUGUUUCAAUUUGUCAACUCUUUCUUAUCGCUGUUUUACAUCGCAUUUUAUUUAAGAGAUCAGGAAAAAUUGAAGGAGCAAUUAGCUGGUCUCUUAAUAUCUCGACAAAUUAUUGGCAACUUAAGAGAAUCAGCUUUGCCAUAUAUAAUGGAGCAAUGGCAAUUGGCAACAUUAAGUUUCAAGUUAUGGGGAGCUCUUAGUCCUACAAAAGAACAUCCGACAGCGCCGGAACUUAGUUCUAGUAUCAGUAGCGAUCCGAAAAAGAAUGAUGACGCAGAUAUAGAAAAGAAAGAAAUAGAACAGCAUGAGUUACCAACAAUUUCAGCCAAAAGGUCGAUUGGUCAGGCAGAGAUAGAAAGUUCAUAUUAUAAGUACGAAGGAACCUUUUCAGAUCACUUUGAAAUGCUCGUACAAAUGGGUUAUGUAAUUUUAUUCUCUUCCGCUUUCCCUCUUGCUGGCUUAUGUGCACUAGCCAAUAAUCUAAUUGAGAUUAGAUCUGAUGCAUUCAAAUUAGCACAUGUUCAUCAGCGACCAUUCGGACAGAGGGUUGCAAAUAUUGGAACAUGGCAAAAUGCAUUAGGAUUGUUAGGUUUGGCAGCUGUAAUUGUCAACUGUGCACUCAUUGGAUUAUCAGGACAAGUUUCAAGAUUAUGGCCUGGAAUGACUCAAACUCAAACAGUCAUAUUAAUCGUAGCACUUGAGCAUAUUAUGUUGGCACUACGUUCAGCAUUGAAGUACAUACUACCUGAAAUACCUGAGUGGCUGGCUGCUGAGAUUGCCAGGGCUGAACAUUGUAGACGAGAAAUGCAAUGUAAAGGAACAUCGCCGAGAGCAACCCCACCUUCACCACAUUCAUCAACAUCAUUAUCACAAUUAUCCCAUGAACAUACACCUGAUAUGUAUGAUAAACAUGAACAUAUAAGGAGUUACGAAUCUGAGGAUGCUGUAUUUGAAAGAAUGACUCCAAAUAGUCCUAAGCGCUUUGAAGACAUGCAUCGUGAUCUGUUUUCAACCCAUCAAUUAAGACAUCGUUCACAUCGUGGAAGUGCUGAUCAUGCUAAUGGAACACCAGACUCUCCAAUUUCUCAAACAAGUACUGUUUUGUGUCUUCGACCACUUCACGAUUCUUCUACUACAGGCCAAUCUGAAUCUGUGCAUAACAUUCCAUUUGAAUCUUCUGUGCAAACAAGUUCAGGGUAUGAGUUAACAAUUUUAUUUAUUAAUUUUAUGUUUCGUAUGUUUGUUACUUCCUUUCAUUUAAUUUGA